UUGUCGACGUUUUGCAAACUGAAUUUUUCGUUUAAUUUGUAAGUUCUCGGAUGUUUUCAUUCAUUUCUUGAUCUGAUCAAAUGUACGCGAGUUAACAACUUGUUCAGAAAAUCUCCGUGUUCUGAAUACAUUAACCUAUUUGAAUUAUUCAUGUAGUCUUUCUGUAAAUUUACAAUUCUAAAAUGACAGCGCGUAGAAAACAAUAAAAACAGUAUUCAGGCCGCCACCUGUCAUAUGUCGUUGUUGAAUGUCGCCCACUUUAUGAGAGCGAACAAAAUCUUUCAAGGAAACAUUCGAACUUGCCGAGUGCUGCGUGCGAAAGAUAUAACUUGAGAGUUGUUCUGACAUAACUAAAUUUUCGCUGUAUUUAUUCGAUAACUCUCCAAGACUUAAAAGGACAUCAAUUGCUCGUUUUUCCAAUUGCUUUAUUGCCAUCUGGGAGGGCGAAUGGAGCCCUUCAAUCGUGGAUUGAAUCACAUCAGUGAACAACCGAGCAACAACUCGAGUGUUCAGACACCCAAGCCAUCGCUUGCGGGAGAAAGCGGCGAUAAGGGUCGAAGGAUUAUCAUCAACGUUAGUGGACUACGCUUUGAAACCUUCGAACAAACGCUUUGUCAGUUCCCGGAAACCCUGCUCGGUUCUUCGGCAAAAAGGGAUUUCUACUAUGACAUUGAAAACAAUGAAUAUUUUUUCGACAGAAAUCGCUCAUCGUUCGAGGCCAUUUUAUUUUUUUAUCAGUCGAAUGGCAAGCUAGUGCGACCUAGUGGUGUUCCCUUCUACGUUUUUUCGGAAGAAGUGAAAUUUUUUGAGCUUGGCAAGGAAUAUCUUCAGCGAUUGGAGAUAGACGAGGGCUACAUUAGCGAGAAGAAACCUGUAUUGCCGACUAACCAAACACAGAGGAGGAUAUGGGAAUUAUUCGAGUACCCCGAUAGCUCUAUGCCCGCGCGUUUUCUAGCUAUGUGGUCAGUUUCGGUUAUUAUUCUGUCCAUCGUCGUAUUUUGCCUCGAGACUCUGCCGAGCAUAAGAUGCAAGAAUGACUCAAGUGGACCUGGUUGCGAAAAGUACAGUGAUAGCGAUCAAGCUCAGGAAGUUUGGUACCGCGUAAUCGAGGUGCUAUGUAUCGCUUGGUUUACUCUAGAAUAUGUAGUGCGGUUGCUAUCGUCGCCGCAAAAGUUGGUCUUUAUUCGCACAUUUUUAAAUAUUAUUGACCUAGUGGCGAUAUUGCCGUACUAUAUUACACUUCCAAUGAAUGAAGCCCGGGUCACGUCGUUAGCUGUACUUCGAGUCAUUCGACUUGUGCGAGUUUUCCGCAUCUUCAAGCUCUCGCGUCACUCCAAAGGCUUACAAGUCCUCGGUUAUACUCUUCGCUCAAGCUCGAGGGAACUAGCCAUGCUUAUAUUUUUCCUGUUGAUCGGAGUAGUGCUGUUUGCAAGCGCUGUUUUCUACGCCGAACAAGACAGCAAAAACAGCCAAUUCAAAAGCAUCCCUGAUGCAUUCUGGUGGGCAGUGGUUACUAUGACAACGGUCGGGUAAGUCAAGAAUUUCCUCAUUUAGUCUUUAAAGCUAAAUUGAUGACCAACCAAUUCUUAGUUAAGUAUUGAUUCUGACGCUUUUAUGGAAGUAAGCCUCCUUGUUCUGGCAGUGCAGAGAUUCUAUUUGUGUUUUUCGUCGUACCUUACUUAUAUCGACAACCUGCCACUCUUGAACUAGGAACAUACGGCUUAUAUUACGAGUUCAAAAUUUCCUGAAUCUCAAUUUAAUUACUUUAUUCAAGGAGCUGAAAGAAUAUAAUGUUCAAAAAUACGUGACAAGAACUAGAAACGGGAUGUCGUAAAUCAUUGAACAAUAUGUUUGACUGAAAUGAAUGGUCCAUCCAUUCGUUUCAUUAACG